AUGCCAUUCUUACACCCCAACUGCCUGAGUGCCCUACCACUGGCCAUCGUCAUUGCUUCUCUUGCUCUGAUACUCCCGAUUUUACUAAUAACUGAACUAUCGGCAUCAACGACUAGGUCGGAAGAUUAUUCCGGCCAAGAACACGUGGUCCUUCGCCGGCCGCCUGUUCAACCAGGUAUUGGGAUCAGCUUGAAUUACGACUAUGUAGCCGCUGGUAUCUAUUUUGAAAAUGGCACCUCGGUUCCCGUCGCUCAUAUUGACGGGGACGCAGUGUAUCGGAGCUUCAUGCGUACCACACGUACUGGACACGGCUGUGCACCGAUGAACUCAACUUCUCAAGUCUACACCACAGUAGACGAAUCCGAAUCCUUGGCGCGGAUGCUGCGCCAGCUCAAGGCUUCAAUAGCCUCUCGCCUUGACGAGCCAUUCCGCUUCGUGGUCGCCAGCCGCCCCGACCACAAAUGCCACACCGCUUCAGACUCUUUUGGCCAGUGGCACGCUCACCAGACAGAAGUGUUGGACUCGGCUCUCAGCAAGGUUGGCUUGUACCUGGCGCAAGACCGCAUGAUUCACGCUGGUUUCGCAUCGGUGAUUGCCAACCACAUGAUUGGCGGCAAUGUAGAGAAAGACGGCUUUGUCAUCUCUAUCGAUCGCGGUCACUAUGGCUGGCGCUAUUCUCUUCUCUAUCUUGACGAGGGUUUAGGGGACCUGGGCUUCGAUACUAGUUUUGUUCACGACACCGGGGAACCUAGUCCACAACGCGACGCGGCACGAGAUGCCUUACGCGAGUUUUUGGAGAUUGCAGAAGGUUUCGAUGAUGAGUUCGCGCUUGAUGAAGUCAUCGAGCUUGUGGUUUCAGGGGAUUUAGCAAGCGACGCAGACUUCCAAGACGACCUCGUUUCGGUUCUUGGAUCUGAACUGGUAACAAAAGCUCGCGUCCGUGACCCAAUUCAUGCUUCAGCAAUAGGUGCUGCCGGAAUGUGCUUCUCUAGCCUUCUCAGCCAGUGA